AAUACGUAGGUAGUAUUCAGUGGUGAGGCCUGCGUGCGGGCCGUGGUGAACCAACAGGUGUUUUGGAGUCGGUUUUGCCAGUACCGGUUCCCUUCUCGUCGUUUUCUAGUGGUGCCUUGCGUCGUACCGGUGCCUUUCACCGACGGACACACCAUCGUCCUCUUCGUCCUCGUCUUCGUCCUCCGUCUUUCGUCCGAAACUGCGGGUAGAUCAGCCGCGAGGCAACGUAACAUGAUGUCCGAGACUGCGGUAACGAUGGACGGUUCCAGCAACAACGCCAGCAACAAUCCACGACAAGUGCCCACGGUCAAGACGGAGCCGGGUCAAUCGACCCUUUUGCCCGACAUUAGAUUGAACACUUCUUACUUCAGGACCAUACCCGGCAUCAUUAAGUUAGUGCAAGUGGGCUUGGGGAUAAUAUGCAUGGCGUGCGCAUCACCGGCACGAAUUCCCACCACCCACUGGUUUCUGUUCGUCGCGGUUACAGCCUUCAUUUCCACCCUGGUGUGGUGUUUCAUUUACUUCUUGUCGAUCCGAGAGGCGCUCAAGCUACCGAUUAAUUGGAUUCUGUCGGAACUUCUAAACACGUCGAUAUUCACCUUCUUGUACAUGAUCGCCUUCAUUGCUCAGCUGUCCGCUUGGAGCGCGUAUGUCGGAAGUUAUACCGUAUCAUCGAACAUCGCCGGCGGUAUAUUCGGAAUCUUCAAUACGAUCGCCUACGCCGCCGGAGCGUACUUCCUGUACGUCGAGUGGAAGAGCAGUAACACGCAGUGAAGAAGAGCGACCAGGGUACUCGAAGAGGCAUCAAGGUACCUGAAGAGCACCUACGGCCAGGCUACUACACGGAGGAUCUGUCUCCGGCCCUACGCACCAUAAACGAUCAACAACACCGAAGCGAGGACACGCUGUUCGAGAAACGAAUGGGAGGAUGAUCACAUUAGACUCCGUCGAUGUCGACGCCGAUGUCGGCGACGACGUCGAUAUCGACGGUUCGAAGCUAGUCCAACGGGAAGAUAGAUCCUUUUCCUAUCGAGUGUCGUAGCUCAACCAGAGACUCUGUAAUCUAUGUGCCUUAAGAUUAUACAUACACACGAUUUGCGAUAUGCGACAUGCGAUACGCGAUAUACGUAUCGACGAAUCGGCUGCGCGUAUAUAUGUACUACGUCGACGAUCGCCCUUGUCCAUUGUCCGGCUCGAACGUCUCGCGAUCCCGAAUCGGCGAACGCGGCUCGGUUCGCGGCCGAAUUCGCGAGAACGCGUUCCCCGACGACCGCGAGCGGCGACAAACCGAUCGUUAAACACGCGCCGACAUACAACAAUUCUACGUACAAACUGUAAAGAGAGUUUUACGUCGGCCCAGGGCGGGUUAUCGGAUCGCGCGCAAGGGAUAUCCUCGAGUCGGCUCGGCUCGGCCGCGUCAUCGUCGGCGACGAGCUUCUUCGCGAGCGAUAUCUCUGCGGAGCCGCAUGAUUCAACGGUGAUUCUCCGUGGGAGCGGUUCUUUAAUUUGCGAGAAUAUUAGCGCCGACUGUGUCUCGAUAGAAUCUCGUCGCGACAUCGAUAACGUCCAUAUUGGAUGCGAAUCUUCCCAGCUGCCCCCCGUUCGCGAAUGUCAAGUUGCGAAUAAGCCCGCGCUCACGGCCGUUGGCACGCGCGCGACGCGUCCGCCGCUCUCCCGUUCGGUUGAACUUUUCUAAUUGCGUACCUUUCGCCGCACCGUCGCGAGUUUUUAUUUAUAAUAUAUGUAUACACAAAUUAUAUCUAUAUACAUACAUGCAUAUGCAUAUACAUAUACAUAUACAUACAUUUACAAAUAUAUAUAUAUCUGUUUUGUAUAGGUAAUAUAUUUGCACGAAUCGAAUACGGUA